UCUGAGCCAGGAGGUGAGGAUUGGCAGAGCUCAGGGAUGGCGAAGGUCGUGACACUCGGCCAGAAGCUGCAGCCCCAGGGCCCAGUGGCCGGAGAUGAGUGAUGGUGCCAGCUGAGCACCUGCUGGAAGCGGGGCAGGAGGAGCAGUAGCCCCCGGAGAGCACCGGCUGCUCCAGGAUGCAGCGAUGAUGCCUCCGGAGGCCCCGGCCUCCCUCCCGCCCGGGCGCUAGGAGCCGUGCCCAGGCUCCAGCCAGGAGCCCUGCCGCCCAGGGGCAUGGCCAAACCUUUCUUCCGACUCCAGAAGUUUCUCCGCAGAACACAGUUCCUGCUGUUCUUCCUCACGGCUGCCUACCUGAUGACAGGCAGCCUGCUGCUGCUGCAGCGGGCCCGAGUGGCCCUGCCGCAGGGGCCCCGGGCUCCUGGCUCCCUGCAGGCCUUGCCCGUGGCCGCCAUGGCGCUGGGCGUGGGCCUGCUGGACAGCAGAGCCCUGCAGGACCCCCGUGUCAGCCCGGAGCUGCUUCGGCCCCACUUCAUGGCUGACCCCCAGGCGCUGCCCGCCCUGGGCCCCGUGGCCCCCAGGCCAGCCGCCAGCAGCCGAGGCACCUAUGUUGGCUGCUUCCGUGACGACGGCCAGGAGAGAACACUGAAGGGCACUGUGUUUUUUGACUUGAGAAAGAUGACCGUCUCCCACUGCCAGGACGCCUGCGCUGAGCGGUCCUACGUCUAUGCCGGCUUGGAGGCCGGGACAGAGUGCUACUGCGGGAACCGGCUCCCGGAGCUGAGCGUCGGCCCGGAGGAGUGUAAGCACGAGUGCAAGGGGGAGAAGGGCUCGGCGUGCGGAGGUGUCGGCCGGCUCUCCGUGUACCGCGUGGAGGAGCUGCAGCCGAGCUCGAGGAAGCGGAGGUCGGUCACAUAUCGUGGGUGCUUCAGGCUGCCGGAGAACAUCACACACGCUUUCCCCGACUCCCUGAUGCAGGCCAACGUGACAGUGGAGACGUGUUCGGGAUUUUGUUCCAAGAAAGAGUUCCCCUUGGCCAUCCUCAGAGGCUGGGAGUGCUACUGUGCUUACCCCACCUCCCAGUUCAACCUGCAGGAUGCUGUGGACAGCUCGCUGUGUGGCCACGAGUCUGAGGCACAGAAGCUGGCAGAGUACUGCGAGGUCUACCAGACGCCCGUGCAAGACACUCGGUGCACAGACCGGAGGUUCCUGCCCACCAAGUCCAAAAUGUUUGUGGCUUUGUCGAGCUUCCCGGGCGCCGGGAACACCUGGGCGCGGCACCUCAUCGAGCACGCCACUGGCUUCUAUACCGGGAGCUACUACUUCGACGGAACUCUCUACAACAAAGGGUUUAAGGGCGAGAAGGACCACUGGCGGAGCCGGCGCACCAUCUGUGUGAAGACCCACGAGAGUGGCAGGAGGGAGAUCGAGAUGUUCGACUCAGCCAUCCUGCUGAUCCGGAACCCGUACAGGUCCCUGGUAGCCGAAUUCAACAGGAAGUGCGCCGGGCACCUGGGCUACGCAGCUGACCGCAACUGGAAGAGCAAAGAGUGGCCGGACUUCGUCAACAGCUAUGCCUCGUGGUGGUCCUCGCACGUGCUGGACUGGCUCAAGUACGGCAAGCGGCUGCUGGUGGUGCACUACGAGGAGCUGCGGCGCAGCCUGGUGCCCACGCUGCGGGAGAUGGUGGCCUUCCUCAACGUGUCCGUGAGCGAGGAGCGGCUGCUCUGCGUGGAGAACAACAAGGAAGGCAGCUUCCGGCGCCACGGCCGGCGCCCACACGACCCCGAGCCCUUCACCCCGGAGAUGAAGGACUUGAUCAAUGGCUACAUCCGGACAGUGGACAAGGCCCUGCGUGACCACAACUGGGCUGGGCUGCCCAGGGAGUACGUGCCCAGAUGAUAGGCCGCCGCUCUGCGCGCCCUGCUGAGAGCCAGCCGCCCCCGGGGCUGCACCCGCUCACAUGCUCAGGUGGUGGCCUCGCUGGGACACGGGCUGCCCCGUGCCACCUCCCACAGGUGCAGGGAGACCAGCCACAAGCCCUUAGCCCACCCAGGCAGACACGAUGCCACAGGACAGACACAAACAGAAACACGCUCCUAGCUAGACACGCUUAGACACGCCACUCCACGCUACAGUGCCUGUUUUGACAAGCCCAAGUCACCAUGCCAGGUGUGCCAGACACUCACAGACUUGCCACACAUAGUCUCCAGGCCACGUGUUCCCAGAGGCUCCGUCUGUCUCUCACAGACACAUGUGCACCCGGGCUCUCGGAGGCCCCAGGUUUCCUGUUUUCAGCCCCAGGCAUGGACUUGCUGGUCAGGCUUCUUGACUGCGGGGGCUAGGCUCGGCGGGCACCUGCUCUGAGCAGCAAGGACUUGGGCAUGGAGGUGGGCUCACGGACUGCUGCUGCUGGGCCACGUGGCCCUGACAUCCCAUAAAUGUGUGUGGUGUGACCACUGGGCACCACGAACUCUGCGGCCCUGCCUCCUGCUCUCUGUGGAUGGGCUGGCGGCACCGUGGGCAGAGUGGAGCACCCCUAAGCCACGCACCAAUCUCAGGACCCCCUGCAAGUCCUGUGCACCCCCUGCCACUCCUCCAACAUGAGUGCCCCUUGGAGGCGGGCCUCCUCGCCUGGCUUCUUUCUCCACCAGUCCCCAGGGAAGCUGGGCAUUCACCCCAUGCCUCACAUACAGGGUGUGAGAAUGAGGGGACGGGGGGUGGGGAGGGAGCUGGGCCUCAGGGGAGUCCUGGACCUACGGGCCCCAUAUGCCAUUAGGAUAGGGGUUGUGUGGGCAUGGGGAAACACAGGAAGUGUGUCUUGGGGCCACUGUGACUGGUGGCCCUGCCCAUCUUGACAGGUCCCUGCUUUCCAGGGGGGUUCUGCCCUUGGGUCAUGAGGACGGGGUGCUGCACGGUCCAUCAGCAACACAACCCGGGACCCUUUGGGGAGAGGCCAUAGCCACAGCUUCUGUCGGACCCCCAGUGGCCAUGGCCGAGCCCUCUCUGUCGCUCUGUGACUCACCCACCACUUCCUGUCACCGGUCUCUGCCACACAUCUGUCUCUAUUUCUGCUAUGCUGCCACCUUUCCCACUUGUUCCUUCAUUUCCUCAACGAAAGGUGGAGGGCACUCAGAUGCUGACACCUGCUGUGUGCUGGCCUCCCGGAGAAGACCUGUGUGAAAGGCCCCUUCCCCACCCCAGCUCCGUCUAGCGGGGUCGGGGGAGGGGUCAUACCACGUGGAGUGAGAAGCCCAGUAGCAGGAGGGUGUGUGCUGCGCAGCUCACGGUGCUGGGCCCCUGUGCCGGGGGUCUUCAGGGAAUGCACCACAGCAACUUUGACCUGGUCUCCAGAAAUCUGUAGGGAUUAUCCCAGCAAAGCAGAGGAGAGGGGUGAUUAAGGCAAAGAGAACAGCGUGUGCAAAAGGCUCAGAGGCUUGGAAAACACAGGUGAAUGGGGUGUGGGGCGUGCGUGUCUCCAAGUCUGCAGCAGAAGGAGGGCAGUGGGUGGGUAAGGACAGAGGUGGGGACACAGAAAAGGACUCUGGCCUCAUAGCCACUUAGUGUUCAGCAUGAGCCGGCGAAGGUGCUGAUGCUCACUGCCUUCACCUGACAUCCCCUCAGCCUGAGCCACGCUGCAUCACGGGGAGAAAAUGGGGUAAGGGGUUUGGGAAAGCUGGCAUGAGGAUGACCUGGCCCUCUGCUCCCUGGCUCAUGGCGGAGGGGGCGGGCAGGACAGGGUGAGCUAAGAGCGCCCCUAGGAAAGGCAGGCAGGGCCAGAGGGCCCAGCAGAGCCACCCUUCCUCAGAGGGAGGCCUCCCCAGCUUUCUGCUUUGCCAAUGACUGAGCUUGAGCAUCUGUGCUCCUGGUGGCCUCCAAGUUCUUCCUGAGGUUUCCCCAAACCCACCCUGAUGCUGGGGCUGUUGUACACCCUCCCACUGCACCAUCUGGCUCAGCUCAGAGCUGGGAACACCAGGGGUUUUGUAAACAUUAUUGGCUCUGCCUGGGCUCCACGGUCAAGUCUGUGAAGGCCUCUGAUGAGGCUGUCUCCCGAGUUCUAGGAGCAGCUGAGAUCCACCAGUGGGAAGAGGGCUAGGGGACACCUACAUCCCAGAGCAAACCUAGAGUCUCAAAAGAGACAGCAGCACCAACUGAUGGAGAAGAGCGAAGCUGGCAUCCUCCCGUGACUGGCUUCAUGGCUGUGACCCUCACUCGCUGGCCACCCAGACGGUCUUCAGGUAGAAGACUCAGAAGCCGUGGGGGUUGGAGAGGCAGACGUGUGGCUGGAGAGUGGAUCAGGGCCACUGCUGAGGCACAGCCCCCUGAGCGUCCCCUUUCCCCACCCCAGGUGUCAAGAGAGCAACAGCACAGCCCAUUCCUCCUGGUGGAUGGGUGGGUACAUUCCCUACAGCCAGGUACCCAGAGACCUCUCCUUCCAGGUUGGCAAGUCAGCUGCUCAAGUGGCCUUGUAGCUUGCUUGCACCUCAGCCAGGCAUGCAGAUGAGGAGAAUGAUGGGGUUAGGGUGCAUCCAGGUCAGGACGAGUCACUGCCCAUGGAAUGGCACCUGACACUUGGCAGGUGCUUCUGGAUGUUGGGUGAGCAAGGAGGUGCAAAGGCCCUACCUGCUUCUGGCUCCCAGCAGCCAUAGCCCCGGGCCUGGCUCUGGGAGAGCAGAGCACAGGAAGGGGGAUCUGUCUGUCCUUUUGAGAAAGUCUAUUUGUGCCCAAGUUGGGUCUUGUCUCUAGCUCACAGCUUCUCCAUAAAGAGGAGGCUGUCCUCACCAGCCAGGUUGAGUAAAAGCAGACCUGUAUUCAGGACAGGCGUGUGGUAAAUGCAUCAGGAACCUUUGAAGAGUGACACCUUGACUGUCUACAGAUUCCAACUUUAACAGCCAGGCUAUGGGGUUGCACAAACCUGUACUAACACAUAUAAUUUUCAUGGAUUUCAUCUCCUGUUGUGGAUCAAUUUGGAAACACCAAAAUAUAUAAUUUUAAGAAGCUAAUUCACAUUCUGAUAAUCCCAGUGAUGUGGAAAUGAGAGAAAAGAAUAGACAGGCUUCCAAAUCCUGGGAAGAAAGCUGCUUAAUUAUGUGAGCAUCUUGUAAUGAAGUCUCUUGCAGCUAAAAUUAGAUUUUGAGUGCAUGAAUAUGCAGUAAUGUUUGCACACCAGAAUGCAUUUUUUUCACUUAAAAGUAGCAGGAGCUACUUGGUACUUAGGGGGCCCCAAGAGGGGAGAUGAAAAUACUGGGGUUGCUCUUUGUGGCUGCAUAGGUUUGUGUUCUUCUGACUGGAAACUCAUUGGAGGUAUUUGAAAUGUGAUGCCUCCGGUUCAUUCAGGUUUAGAGAGAAAUUGAUUGGCCGGAACCCUCACUGAUCACUACCCAGUAGUGGGCAAGUUGGCGUGAGCAAGUAGAGUAGUGUAGAAACAAUACAGGGUCUGCAGAUUGAAGGAUUGGGGUGUACCCUAAAGCUCUGCUCUGCUAUGAUCUUGGGGAGGCCUCUCUGGUCUCAGUUUUCCAUCCAUAAAAUGAGGGAUGUGGUGGAUGUUGUUGACUGCUUCCCAAUGUUCAUUCCCCCAUUUCCUUUCCCAGCAGGCCCUGAUUUCUGUUUGGGGAUUUUAUGAUCUGGCUGGGCUGGCUUGACUAUCACUUCCAGGGCUGAAUGCAUGACCUAAACUAAGCCAUCAUCACAUUCCAGCUCCCUGGCUACAGUGAUUGGUUCAGGUAUGGGUAUGUGAGCAAAGCAUCCAGAGGGUACCUGGUAUUUCAAGACUUUUUCUGGGAAUGUUGGGUAGAGGCUCUUUUUAUCCACCUGCUGGAUGUGCAAGAGGAAGUUGGUAGUCUUCAAUCUUGAGUCUUGAUGGUGGCUGUCUCGGGACCAUGAAAGAGAACCACUCUCAGCCUGAAGUCGGCACUACUGAAGGGAGAGUCCAGAGGCAGAAGCAGCCAGGUCCUUGGUGACAUUGUUGAAGGAUAGGAUCAAGCUUUGCCUGCGAUUGGCCCCACCUCUGGACAGUUUUGUUCCAUGAGCCAAUAAAUUCCCUUUAUUGUUUAAAUUGGGUUGAGUUGGGCUUUGGUUACAUCCCAGGACAAUGCCCACACGGCUUGGAAUAAAAGGCCCUGGUGUCCUGACAUUCUCUGUUUCUGGCUGAUGUAGGUAAAGACCAAAACUGAGACCAGUUUGAUCUGGUAGAAUUAGAAAGUUGCUUUUUACAGAACGGGUCUGGCUGUGAAAUGUUCGAUAGAAGGCGGUGCUUAGUCAGCCAGGACAAGAAGCAUUUGUAAGUCAGUACACAGUGAAGUCACCUAUAUAUCCUGAGAAAAGUAUUCCUUGUUCAGCUCAAACCACAAAUUAAUCCUUAAACAACACCUUGUUAUCAUCUCUACUUGACAGACGAGAGGACUAGGACACCGAUUUUAAUGAUUGUAAGAGUAUGGCCCUGUUGUAUUUACCAUAACUCUUUUCAUGAAGAAUAUGAUGUGAUCUUGGAAGGGAUGCUUUGAUACACUAUUUGGAUUGAAGGUGUGACCUCCUUCAAGAGACAUCUUUUAGUAAUAGCUGAUGGGCAAUAAACUGCCUUAAAAGGAGGGUAGGUACGGUUAGUCACAGCUUUGGUUUGCUGAGUGAGACAUGCAAGCUUGGGGCAGAGCAGAAUCGCUGCCAUUGGAGGAGAGGUGAGUGAUGAAACUGAGAGUUCCCCUCCUCCAUCCUCCCUUCUUUAACUCUACUGUGUGAUAAAAAAUUAGAGGGACAGAGGGAGUUAUAGCCCCUAUCUUCAAACUCUCCUUGGAAUGUCUGACUCUAAUACAGUAUGCAGGAUGAAGGUCUGUAUUAUAGUCAGACAAAGCCAAGAAUCCCAGGAAGUGGAUGUGAGUAUAUUUUCCUCGGCCAUGGGAAAUAUAAGCAGGUCCAUCCUAAGUAACAAGAACAAUUGCUUAUAUCAAAUAAGGAAUCUUAAUAUCAAACAAAAAUAAAAACAAUUCCAGUUGAUGCUGUAAGCAUCAGUAUGAGCUGAAUGAACUACCUUUCCAAGGUGUCUUCAGUACCUGAGACAUUUCUUUAGAUUCAGACAUCAGCAGUUACAGAUACAUGGCUUGAUGGUGUGGCCAAUGAUAAUUCAUAACAGUAAACAGUGUUCUUGCAAGUCAUGAAGUUCUACAAACAUCAUUCCACAUGUGCCUCAGUGAGGUGGACAUUAUAAUUUCCAUGGAGGGGCCAGGAGAGAAAUUCAGUUUCUGAGUAUGUUACCCAAAGUUCACAUCCUUUAUUGUGUAGAUAAGAAAAAUGAGACUUAGAAUGGGAAAGAAUUUCCCACGAGGUCACGCUAUGAGAAUGAAUGGUGGAGAUAGGGCUGGAAAGAGGGCUCUUCCAUGAAACCACCUGACUACCCUCAUACUGCAUUCCCGGAACUCUUCAAGAAAUUGCUGGAAAUGAGGCAAAUGUGCCAUUAAGCUCAUUUGGAAGCGACCCCAUUAAUUUCACUGCUAGUACUAUUUUGUGGGCACCUGAAUUCAAUUUUAAGAGUCAUUUAUCAAGCCUCCUCAGUACUUGAAAACUUGGUUAGAUGGUGCAGGUCUUUCACAGGAGUGAGGUUGGAAAGAUGGACCAUAACUUGCCACAAGGAAGGAAUUUGGGGUUUUUAUCCUGUGUCACAGACAUCCCAGGCACCAGAAAAGCCCUGUUCCCAAAAGAUAUUGACAGGCAAGCAUCUUUGGCGGGCCUGAGCCCAGCAGUGUGCAUGCGUUGAUGAGUACGCAUGCUUGCAGGUGUGAGCUCCAGCUGCUGACGGACAACUGCCCCUUUGAGUCGCAGGCCAGUCUACCUGAGCAUUACAAGUGUCAAGAGCCAGGUCACAUGACUUUGGCAUCAACUCACUUGGAUAACUCUUCCUCCCAUAAGCAGAGCUACCACAUCCAGAUGACACAGGGAAGCCAGGGCACACACACAGUGUGUCUGGGAGAAUGCCUGGGAAUGCAGAGCAGUGGCAUCAGGCACAGAUACUUGCCUCUCUACCCAGCCUUCAGUCAUCUACCUUGUACCAUCAGACGUUGCCAAGGUCGAGAUCACAACUCUCCAGAAUCACCUGGAUUCGUUUUCUAUUGCUACAUAAAUAACCACAAACUGAGCAGAUGAAAACAACACAUAUUUUACCCCCCAGCUUCUGGAGGUAAGCGGUCUCGGCACAGCUUAGAUGGGUCCUCUGCUUCAGAAUCUCACUGGACUACAAUCAAGGUGUGAUCCAGGCUGUGUUCUCAUCUGGGGAAGUGUCCGUGUCUAAUUCACGGAUUGUUGGCAGGAUUAAGUCACUUGUUGUUAUAGGAUUGAGGCUCUCAGUCUCUCAGGCCCACCCACAGUUUUCAACAAGCGGGCCUCUCGUAGACAGUUCAGAACACAGCUGUUGGCUUUUUGGGCUGGCUGCAGAGCGAGACAGUCUGACAUACGUUACAUGGGGAUGCCACCUCUUCACCUUUGCUGUCUUCUGAAUAAGAAGCAAGUCACAGACCCUACCCACCCUCAAGGCUAGGAGAUUACACAGGGACAUGAAUGCCAGGAAUUGGGGACCAUUGGAGACCAUCUUUAGAUCUGAUCAUAAUACCAUUAUGGAAAAAGUCCAGAAAUCAGUGCAUUCCUUAUGCUGUGUAGAGCACUGCUGACCACUGGAUUUCAUUGAAUGCAGUGGAUAUUUUGAAGAAUCAUCAAGUUAUAUCCAUGUGAUAAUGAGUGUGGGUCUAAUGUCCCCAGUCCAUUGCCCUGACAUUAACAGUCAUUAGGAACGUCCCCAAUUCAUAUUGGCCAUCUCUAUACUCACUCUUUAUUUCUCUUGCUCAACACAUAGUGGACCCUUCAAUAAUUUCUUUAAUUUUAGGACAUUAUUAACCAUUAUUUAUUUGAAUAUUGACACCUCUUUCCUUCUCUAAUCCCUCAUUCUGGCAUUCCUUUACACUAAUGCUGGAACACGAAAAUCUAGUUUCCACAUUUCAGCUCUUUUUAUGUAUUUUCCAUCUCUUAAUCCCACUGCUGGGUUCUGGGAGAGGUCUUUCCUUUGACAGUCAAGAAUUAUAAUUUACUCUUCACUGUGUACAUUAUUCUAUUCAACCAACCUGUUAAUUUCUAUAAUUAUCUUUUUUAUUCCCAAUACCUCUAAGUGAUUAGAACUUGUUUCACAGAUGAUGCCCCUUCAUAACUCUCUGAGGAUAUUAAAUAUACAUAUGUAAAUGUUCUCUACUGAUUGCUCAAUUAAUUCUGUUUUGGGGGUGUGAGUUUUUUCAUAGGUUGAUUCUGCUGUCUUUCCCAUAGUUUUGGUUUUCAUCAAAAUGUUGGCGAUUGUGUAUUCAUAAAAGGGGAAGAGAAUUGUGCAAGGGUCAGCCAUCCUGGCUGCGCAGGUUUGAUACUAAUGGCUCUGUUAAUUACCUCAAACCACCUCCUGCCCUCCAACUCCAACUCUUGAUAGGGAGCACUCACCUUUCUGAGGCACAGCUACCAGCAAUGUCCUGGAUGCUGAUUUCCUCAUCUUUCUGUUUUCUGUCUUUCAGAGUUUGUUCAGUUUGGGGUCCACUCUGGUUCUCUUUUUGUUCUCAAGCAUAGCUAGGUUAUCAUAUAUAUUUGAUUCAGGGAGGAAGAAAAAAAACAGAGCAAGCACUUGCUUAAUCUACCAAGAUCAUGAACACCAGUUUCUUCAUCAUGGACACCAGUUCCUUCAUCAUGGACUCCAACUACUUCAUCAUAGGCACCAGCUCUAUCUUUGAUAUCUUCGUGUGACCUAAAAUGACUGCAAAAAUUCCUGGCUUGGAGUGAGAAUUUUAUUCUAGGAUCAUUCUUUCCUCACUAUGUGACUUUGGACAAGUGUCUUCCUCUCUCUGAAUCUCAACUUAUUCAUGAAAACAAUGAAACAUUUGACAUAAAAAUUGUCUUAGGCCUUAUCCCGCUUUGGCCUUCUAAAAUUGUGUUUGUCUCAUCUGCAUGAUUUGGUGAAAAGGAACAAUCUCUGUCCCUGCUCAAAAUACAGGUCCUCACCAAAAUGUCAUAACAGACUGAACUUCACUUGAGAAGCCAAUUUUGUUCAGAAUCUCCGCAAAUGGAGAGUGCCAUGGGAAAAAUAAAUUGCCUUAGGAUAAAUUUUGUUUCUUCCCGCCACUCUUCAUUUUAACAAUUCACCAACAUUUCUCAUUAACUUGCAGACUGUAUUUACAGAUGUCUAUCACUAGAUUUUAAACCAUUGGAGGCAGGUUGUGUCUUGUAUUUAUUUUUGUAACCUCUGCCUUUAGCACAGGACAAGGACGCAGGAGGCACAGGAAGUAUUGGUGAACUAGAAGGAGGGAUGCACGAAAGCCCUAAAUCACCUGGCUUUUAAAGUUUUUCAGGAAAAUAAUAUCUUCCUAAAAAAAUAAUGUCUUGCUUUUCUUAUCUGUGAAUUGAGAGGAUGUUGCUGAAUAAACUUGGUUGAGUUUUUCCAUCA